AUAUUUUUUUUCAGGAACAACAAAAAUGGAUUCUGUUGCUCUUAAAACAAUGGAGAACCAAAUCAAAGAUGAUGAAGAUUUAGUCUUAGAAAAAAGACAUCUUAGGCGUCAAAACAAAACAGAUCAACUUAAUGAUACACUAAAAAUAGCUUGUGACGUUCAUUCACCUGAUUGCUUAUCCGAAAAACUUUUUAGAGGACAACCGUCGUCCGAUGACUCAGCAUUAAAUAAAUUGGAAAAUUUCUCUGAUAAACAAAAGGCAGAUUUAUCCCAUCACAAAGUAUCGGAAAUCGGGUCGCUGAGCCUCGAAGAGGAAAAUGGUUUCAGUCAGGAUCCAGAAGGAACUUCUAGUCAACCAUCUCAAGACUGUAGGGAAACGGACAUCAUACAUGCUGACUCGAUUUUCGAUGAUAAUACAUCCCUUCCCAUUCAAUUGUUUAAAUCGGGAUUUGAAAAUUCCAGUUUAACUGAAAAAUCAAAACUCCAAAAAUUUGAAACUGAAACAAUCACAAAAGAAUUUACAGCUACGUUUAUGCUCUUGAAGAUACCGAUACAAUCAAUAAGGCAUAUUCAACUACAGAUCCAUUACAAUCACCAAUAUAUCCAACAAAAGAAGUUAAAAAUAACUCAAAACAAUUCAGCCAAUUAUCGUUUUUGGAAGAAGAUUCCAGCUCAGUUGAAUCCAUAACAGAGACUUCAUCAGCAACUUUACGAAUGCAUGAAGAGGAUGACUAUGGAUUGACCCUAUUAGACGUGGGUCAUGCUCGGAGACGCCACGAAGAGUCCAUCUCGUCAGAGUUAAGUGAUAGCGACAUCGAGGCUUUACUUAAUUACAGAGGAGGCUUUUCGAACGAAGUAGAUAUAUACAGACAUAGAUCAACUUUGUUUGUGGAUGAUGUAUUCAUAAGAGAAGUUCGUCCAGCAAUUUAUAGUGAAGAUCAAUUAAGAUUAUUCAUAUUGGAUUUCUUUUGUUGUUUGUUUAUUUCUUCACUUAUAUUUUUCUUUCCUUCCUUUCUUUUCUUUUCAUUCGUCCUUUUCAACCUUUUUUCUUUUACUUACCCCUUUGUCAAAUAAUCGAUACGUGUAAUUGAUUAGGAGAAUCAAAUUUAAUCAAAUUCAUAAUACACUAAAAUACAAAUCUCAUUCAAUCUUGACUGAGUUCAAUCAGAGUGACUCUGUUAUACACAUACAUUGUAUAUAUGAAUGCAUAAGACUCUUGUAUUUACGAAAAAAUAAUAUAGUUUUUUUUUGCUAAGAAAAAUUAUUGCAAAUUUGAUCAUGAAAAUUAUUUGAACAAGAUUAUGGUCUUUUAAUUUUUUAAUAAAUAUCGCAUAUUCCUUUCUUUUCACUGUUUUUUUUAUUUUGAACAUAAAAUAUUAGAAGCCUUUGUUGUGACUGUAGCUCUACUGCUUUGUACUUGUAAAAAAGAGAGAGAAAAUAGCAAUUGCAUUUAGAACUUUGCAACAGUAAUAAAAAGAAUAAUGAUCCAUGAUUAAGUCUCUUUUUUCGGCACGAUUGCAAUGCAUGUAAGACUACAUAAUUAUGUAUGAGUAGCCUUUUAAAUG